GAGAACGUCCUUCUACUCUGGGAUGAUUUUGGUGGCCAUUGGACGGCCGAUAGCCUGGAGUAUGCAGCCUCUCUGAGCGUCAUCUUGCUGAAAGUGCCACCGAAGUACACAUACGCCUGCCAACCGGCAGACGUAUCCUGGAACAAACCGUUUAAAACGGCUUUGCGAAAGCGUUGGGUCGACAGACUUCGAGACGAACUC